GAAUACUCACUCCUGUCGUCCAAAUACAAGGUGAAGAAUGAGCAUGGCAGACGGGUCGAUCUAUGAUUUCUCUGCAGAGACUUUGGAUGGAGAGCAGGUUCCUCUGAGCAUCUACAGAGGAAAAGUGCUGCUCGUUGUCAAUGUUGCAACCUUCUGAGGGGCAACAAUAGAGGAGUACCAUCGACUGAAUGCACUGAUGGAAAUGUUUGGURACCUCAACUUCACUGUUUUAGGAUUCCCCUGCAACCAGUUUGGUCUUCAGUCACCAGAGGGAAAUGAGGAAAUGCUGAAUAUUCUGAAGUAUGUGAGACCCGGUGGUGGGUUUGUGCCAAAGUUUCCUGUGUUUUCCAAAGUUGAGGUGAAUGGGCUAAAUGAGGAACCUCUUUUUACCUACCUAAAGGAGUCUCUGCCAUUUGUGAAUCCUGUUAUUGGAGACAUCAAAAAGUUCUACUGGUCCCCGAUUAAYGUUAAUGACAUUAGAUGGAACUUUGAGAAGUUUUUGAUCAACGCAAAUGGCAUGCCCUUCAAAAGAUAUGAACUUCACUCCCCSACUGACGAAGUUGAGAAGGACAUUGCAGCACUUCUUCUCUGAUGGAUGUGACAUGAUCUUUCACUGGUGGCAGAGUGACGACUUCUCAGUAAAUGCAUGUGUGCACCUGAGUUUGAUCUGAAGAGAAGAGGAACGUGUGUCAGAACUUCAGUGCAUUCAGUCUGAGUGCAAGUUCCCUUCAGCCACUUGAGGAGUUUUCACGUUGCUCUAAAAUUACAAUAAAACACAUAUAAAACAUG